AUGACCAUCAGACACGACGUUAACGGCUUCGAGGCGGCCAGGACGCCGCCCGUCCAGUCUUUUGACCUCCAGGCAAAGAUGUUUACGCUUGACGAGAUGAUCAAGCGGAGGGCUUCGGAGCUGCAGGAUGCUCCGUUGCUUGGGUUCCCCGAGGCGGGGGUUGAUGAUUACAAGGAGCACAGCGCGAUUGCGAUUGACAGAUACGCAGAUGCUGCGGUCGCAAAGCUUCAGAAGUUGGGUCUCAAGUCUGUGGAUCCUACUCUUGAGAAGGCUCCUGUGGUGGGCAUGCUCGCUCAGUCUGGCAUUCACAUUAUCAUCCAGAUUAUCGCUCUUAACCGACUUGGAUAUUCUUCGUUCUUGAUCUCUACUCGCCUUGCUUGCCCGGCAAUUACACAAUUGCUUGAGCUGGCUGACUGCCACACCAUUCUCACCACACCCAACUUCCACCCAGUCUUGAAGGAAGUUCAACAGAACCGAUCACUCGAGAUUCUCCCUCUGCUACAACACUCAGAUUACUGCAACUACGAUGCACCAAGAUUUGCUCGCGAUUACAACCCAGACUCCGAGUCCCGCAAAGUAGCAGUCAUCAUUCACUCAUCUGGCUCAACCGGUCUUCCCAAGCCCAUCUACCUUACCAACAGAAGCUGCAUCGCCGCAUUUUCUACAAACAUGGACAUGCGAGGUCUUCUCACAUCGCCCAUGUUUCACAGCCACGGCUUCUACGAGAUUUUCCGAUCCAUCUACUCUGGAAAGCCACUCUACUUUUGCAACUACAAUCUGCCGUUGACGAGGGAGUCUGUUAUUCAGAUGAUUGAUACCGUUCAGCCCGAGAUUCUUCACUCGGUUCCUUAUGUCAUCAAGUUGCUUGCCGAGACUGAGGAGGGUAUUCGUGUUUUGGCUGGUGUCAAGUUGGUUCUUUAUGCUGGAAGUGGUUGUCCGGAUGAUCUUGGAGAUCGACUUGUGGAUAAUGGAGUCUACCUGGUUGGCAACUACGGAGCAACUGAAACUGGUAGACUCAUGAACUCUACACGCCCAGAAGGUGACAAAGAGUGGAGUUACCUUCGUUUCCUACCCCAGGCUGAGCCUUAUUGCCUCAUGGACGAAGUCGCCCCUGGUCUUUACGAAUGCGUUGCCCUGGACGGGCUUCCUUCAAAGAGCACCAUCAACUCUGAUGACCCGCCAAAUUCAUUCCGCACACGAGAUCUCUUCACUCGGCAUCCGACACGACCUAAGCUGUGGAAGUACGCCUGCCGUCUCGACGACCGCUUCACUCUUAUCAAUGGCGAAAAGGUUCUCCCUCUACCCAUCGAAGGCAGAAUCCGACAGGAAGAAAUUGUCAAGGAGGCAAUUGUCUACGGCGAGGGACGGAGUUAUCCCGGAGUCUUGAUCGUCAAGGCUGACAGGGCUGCCGAAAUGUCUGACGAAGAGUUCCUGGAACGCAUCUGGCCUGCGGUGGAAGACGCCAAUUCUCGAGCCGAGUCAUUUUCCCGAGUUCCCAAGGAGUUGGUAAUUAUUGUUCAAGCGGAUACUCCAUAUCCAAGGACGGACAAGGGAACUUUUAUCCGUGUUCCCGUCUAUAGACAGUUUGAAAAGGAGAUUGAGGCUGCCUAUGCCGCCUAUGAAGGACAAGGCGAUCAACAAGGUGCUCUGGUACUUGAAGGCGAAGAGCUGGAGUCCUAUCUCAUCCGUCAACUCAACUCAAAAUGCGGCGCCAAGCUUUCAUCUCUAGAGGAAGAUUUCUUUGCCUCUGGUGUUGACAGUCUGCAGUGCAUCCAGAUGUGGAGUCUGAUCAAGAGGGAGAUUGAUCUUGGUGGCAGACAAUCUCAGCUGGGGCAAAAUGUUCUCUAUGAGACAGGCAAUGUGAAGCUUCUUGCUCGUCAUUUGGAGAAGUUGAGGACGGGUGAAGAUAGUGAGACUGAGGAUCAGUUGCAGGUUAUGAAGAACUUGGUUGCCAAGUAUUCUUCAUUCAAGCCUCAUGUUGCUGGAUCUGCUCCACAGCCCGAGAAGGAGCUUGUGGUAAGUACCUAUCCUCUCCUUACUGGUGUCACAGGAGCCUUGGGAGCCCAUGCCCUCGCCCAACUCACUGCACGCCCCAACGUUGGAGUCGUGUGGGCCAUGGUUCGAGCAUCCAACGAGGCCGCGGCUUCAGACAGAGUUGACAGCUCCCUUAAGACUCGUGGAUUAACCUUGACCCAAGAACAGAGGAGUAAGGUGGUUGCCCUUCCUUGCGAUCUGAGUAAGCAAGAUCUUGGUCUUGGAGAGUCUAGAAUCCAGGAACUGAGCACCAAGUUGACGACCGUCAUCCACAGCGCCUGGGCUGUCAACUUCAACAUUUCCGUCUCAAGUUUUGAGGACCAACAUAUCAAGGCUGUACACAACUUGAUUCAACUCACUCUUUCAGUCCAGACCCCUCGACCUGCUCGCUUCUUCUUCUGCUCUUCAGUGUCAUCAGCAGGAGGCACGCCUCGACCUGGUUCUGUCCUCGAGUCUUUUGUCCCGUCACCUGCGCAUGCUCAGCACACCGGAUACGCUCGCUCAAAGUACGUUGCAGAGCAUAUCACGCGAAAUGCCAUGAAGAAUGCUGGUGCACCAGCGAGAGUGCUUCGUAUUGGACAGUUGGUUGGUGACACGAAUGUGGGAGAGUGGAACACCACCGAGGGUAUUCCUUUAAUGAUUCAAACAGCCGAGACUCUGGGUGCUCUUCCCGCUCUGAACGAGGAAAUGACUUGGCUUCCCGUCAACCUCGCUGCCAGCGCCAUACUCGACCUAGCCAACCUUGGCACCAACACACCCACCGAUCGAAGUCUUGACGCGGACCUAGUCUACCACGUCAUAAACCCCAAGCGCUUCCACUGGUCUCGAGACAUGCUCCCCUCCAUGUCAAGCGCAGGCCUCAAAUUCGAAACCCUCCCCACGAGCGAGUGGAUGGACAGACUGAGAAACUCUGACCGAGACCCCUCAAAGAACCCCCCGAUCAAACUUCUGGAUUGGUUUGAGGGCAAGUACGGUCCCAAGGCUGCCUCUUCUGCUGAGAAGGGAAGCUUGGAUUAUCUGACUGAAAAGUCGAGGGAGGAUAGUGGGACGCUGAGGAGUGUUCCUGAUGUUACUGAUGUCAAGUAUGUUGGGAUGAUGCUUGGCCGGUUAAAGACGCGAUGGGAAGAGAACAGGUCUCGACUAUAA